UUUAAAGAAAAAUUUUUUAAAAUGGUCCAAAUGUGGUGUAUGGAAGCAUAUCCAAGUGGAGAUCCUCGAUUACCUCACCAUUGUUUUCCUCCAAAAGUUGUUAAUCCUGAUGAAUUAACUAAAAAGACUGGUGCUCAGUAUUAUAAGUUAGAUAUUGAAGACCAAAUUGCAUUAUCCAAACGUAUAGCUAUAGUUAAACUUGAACGAAACCUUUCAAGAGAAGAUACGCUAACUUUGGAUGCUCAAUCAACCGUUGAUUUUGAAGAUAAAAUGAAGGAAAUGUUUGAAGAAACUGAAUGUGAAGAAGACCAAGCUAGAAUGGUUAUGGAUGGCUCUGUUUAUUUUGAUUUGGAAGCAAAUGAUGGGCAAUGGAUUCGGGUACUUUGUGAAUAUGGCGAUUUAAUUUUAAUCAAAGCUGGUACUUGGUAUAGAAUGGCAACAACACCAAAGAAUUUUGUGAAGAUUCGUCGUUUCUUCAAGGCAGACGAAAACAAGGAAAAUUGA